UUUCAUGCAUCGGAUUUGAGCAACCACGGAUUAUUGCUCCAUAUGAGGAAAAAAAUCUUGAAAGCACCUUGUCUCCUCUUGAGUCUGUUCACAAGUUUGAAUCUCUGCUCCGGAAAAUUUGGGACGCCGAUAACUGAUGAUGUGAGCAAGCUGUCAUCAUUGAAUGAGAAUAUCCCCUCUGAUUAUGAGAUUCCCAUUAGUUACAUUCCCAAAGAAGUGGCUGGCACGUGCUGGGUGGUGUUGAAUAUCUAUCCUUUGGAGCAAAGUCUUCGUAAGCUGGCCAGCAUGUUUGGUGCCAUUUCUUCCAACAAAGAAAAUAUAAUUAUCUUCAUUGCCAUGCUGAAGAGUUUACGCUUCACCUUCGACCAUGAGGAACUGGAAACGGCGAUGCAAGUCUUCCAGUGUCACUAUCGGGAAGGGAGCCUAAUAUCCGGUCUUUACUUUGACUACAUCAAAGACGUCUUACAUGCCGCCUCUCAGGGAACAUCCGACUUCUCCUGCAAGCCGCCGCCGUGCGUUAAUCCACAACAAACACCAGGGGGUCGGGAGGAGAGUCGGCAGUCCAGUUGGUUCAAGAGAGCUCCCUUACUUCUGGUUCUCAUCCCCUUCACAGCGUGUGUUGUUGUCAUAGUGUACCUGGUCAAGUCUGGGAGGCUUUUAGCCGUGCACAACCCUGAAAAUAGCCGAUUGGCCCCUUCUGACAUGGUCCCAACUGUGUCUGUCUCCAUCCCACUUCAGACACUCACCCACGCUGCUGACACUCAGCCAGUGGGGGAGGCGGUCCCUGAACAUGAGAGCGGAUGAAGCAUGAUUAAUAGAAGAGGGAAAUGUGGACUGCAGUAUACCAACUCACUCUCCAGGUUAUUGUGUUAGCGGCAGGAGCCUGCUGGAUAACCCAGUGCGGUGUGACUCUUCCUCUGCUUCCACUCAUCUGAGUGCAUGGACCCGGGCUACGAGAGAAAAGUCACCUGCUGUGAAAGCAGUGUGCCCAGGCACUUUUAGCACUUAACCAUCCAAAGCGGGUUUUUUGAGGAAGCACUCACUGCACAAUGGCUGGUUAUGUCCCAAAAUGGCUGGUGAAGUACAUUAAUUGUCUCGUCUUGGCCAGUGUUCAGCAGCAUUUGGCUCGCCUUCUCUCAACAGACCGAGUUUUUUACAUUUUUUUAUUGCUGCCACUCUGAACUAUUGCCAACUCUUCAAUUUUGAGCUGUGAUCAAAUGUACUGCUGGAGCUUCACAUCAAAUGAAUCCACACUGUUUGGAAGAUUUCCUUCUGAGAUGGGACUCCUGUCAUCAAUUUGUUGGCCGUGUCCCGAUGGUUACAGAGACCUUUGUCCUUUUACUGAUCUAGAGUCAAGAGUCAACACACUGUCCAACCUGCUCCGUGUGUUCUGGCUUCUACUGCGACACAUUGGGGGUAUAUGCAAACAAGUACAUUCCUAUCAAUACAGCUUAUUUCUUUUUUUAAAUGUAGUUGUUUUCAUCAGAGGUAAAAGCGUGAUAAAAGAAGCUGCAUGUGAUCUAUUGCCGCUUGGCUUGUACUUGUUGACGUUAUUCUGAUCUGUCACAAAUUGCCAUCCUUCCAGCCACAAUCAACACGCCGAGCAUUUCAACAAGCGUCCCACUUUGUGUUUCAAAGAUCUGACCAGAUGGCAGAUAUCCACCAACAGAGGCACUUUGAAUCCCGUCAUUGUGUCUCAAAGCUGUUGCCCAGUGAUCUAUAGCUGCUGCCCGGCCACAGCGAGUGUGUUUUUAAUGCCUUGUUCACUGAGUCAGUCGUAUUCAGUCAUGAGAACAUGACUCCCCGAGGGAGAGCGCUCUUGUACUGUAUGUGUCAGAGAGAGGGUGCGAGGGAUGGGCAGACAGGCCGAGGGAAAGGGAGAUAGAUGGAUAGAUGGAUGGACGGACGGAUGAGCUCAGCGAGAAGCAUAAGGAGGGCUUGUUCUUGCCACAAAAGAAGUGGCCGUAGGCUGGAGGAAAUGCCAAUUACAAACACGACUGAUGUCGGCAGAUCUCUAUGAAUCAAAAGGCAAAAAAUCUUUCCAGACCACAGGCAAUGUAGCCUCUUCUUCAGAGGAUGGUUAGUACUUAAAAAACUGUUUUCUGUAUUCGAUUGAAUUGCGUCCAAAACACAUCAAUGAAAAAUGGGAAGGUAUACCUACAUUAAAUUGUGUUCAUGUUAUAGACCAGGUCUACCACAAUGUGUUUUUGUUUUUCUGGUGACUAAUUUAAACAUCUGUGUUUUGUGAAAAUGUGCAUUUGUAUUGUAUUUGAGAUAUUUAAGUUAUUUUGAACACCACUUACAAUAUAUUAUUAACUUUUUCUCCAAUUAUAAUGUUUCAAAUACACAAUGGAACAAUUCAAGUCACCAAUGUCAGGGUGGACAAAAUAGUGUGAACAUUCUGUGAAAGUAACUGAAUCAGCGUUGCAAAGCUUGCUCCAGUUGU